CACGUGUUCAAGCAAAGAUCGUUGAUGUUACAAUGCGACUACUGUAAGAAUGUGAGCGACCGAUAUUUUUUUUUUCCUUUCAGCGAUAGGAGAGGAAGAAACUAGACUGGCGUUACGUAAUCGAAUGGCAAUGUUCUGGGUCAGAGCGAAUUGAAAUGUUCUGUUGUAGAGUUUUGUUUGCUUGCCUUGGUAAGCCUGUCUGUUUCAAUGUGUUGUUGCAGGUAGGUCGGUAAAUACAUGGGAUAUGUUUAAUUAUCCCCCCCCCCAGGGACGACGGCACUGUAAAGGUUUUGUAAUACACGCCGUGUUCUCUGUAUUGUAUUGUGCGAUGCAGUAUCAGGUACCCACAAUGCAGUGCGCUCAGCAGCCAGCAUUGUGUCGCUGUCCGUGGUGCUGAUGUGACUGUAGCUGCCAGUCGUCUUGUCCUGGUGCUGCUAGAGGAGUGAGCGCCAGAGCCACAUCGCAUCUAUCAUCAUUAACAAGGGAGAAGCGGAAAGCACAGCCAACAGAACGGGAGAAGGGAGGGCUGCCGCGGUGAUUGCUUUUGUUCGUUUUUGGGAUUUUUUUUGGAGGGUGAAACGGGGUGUCUCGCAUCCUUUAUGCACAGUACAUUGUUCCAGCUCAUUCAGAGAAAACAGGCAUUUGAAUUUAAAAAGCAUGGCCUGCCGCUGCCAGUGAAAGGCAUGGAAGCGAAACAGUAUACCAUAAAGAGCUUGAAAAGCUACCCGGAGGCUGGGGGCAGGAGCCUGGCCGCGGCCGCGGGUGGGGACGGCCUCUGUGCAAAAGCAGAGGUGGAAAUGGAGUCCAAAAUCCAAAAAGCGGUAGAGUUUAAGGUGGAGGGCAACCGCUGCUACAAGGAGAAAAAAUUCCGGGAGGCGAUUGGGAAGUACCACCGGGCUCUGCUGCAGCUCAAAGGGGUGCACGCCGGGGAAGGGACGACUGGAUCCGAUGUGAAUCUGCUCAGCAAAGCCAACAGCAAGCUGACCGAGGAUCAGCAGAGGCUGGUUGAAAGCACGGAGAUGGAGUGUUAUGACAGCUUGACUGCAUGUUUACUGCAGUCGGAGCUGGUGAACUACGAGCGCGUGAAGGAGUACUGUCUGAAGGUCCUGGGAAAACAGAAGGAUAACUUCAAAGCCAUGUACCGAGCGGGCAUCGCCUUCUACCACCUGGGAGACUACGACAACGCCCUGCUCUACCUGAAAGAAGCAAAGAGACGAGAGCCCACGGAUACGAAUGUGUUGCGAUACAUCCAGUUGACCGAGAUGAAGAUGAACAAGUGUAAUCAGAGGGAGAGAGAGUGCAGUAAAGAAGCACUGGGCUAGGUGCCAGACCCAUUACCCAUGACUUCCAGACUGUUUCACUGUUUUUGCGAGGACUCUGGCACAUGACCUCAUGUUGCUACAGCCAUGGGGGGAAAGUCAGGACCCUCUUCUUGGCAGAUCAACAAAACCUUCACAACAGGAGCCAAAUAAAAGAAACUAAAUAUAGGAACACCGCAUCCCAUUAUACAAAUCAUGUAUGUUGCUUUUUUUUAUUUUUUAAACUAGACCGCUUAUCAACUGGGACACCUUGGGACAAAUGCAGUACACAUCUGUACUCUAGAAAUAAGUCAAGUAAUGUUAUAUUUCUAGUGCACUAAGAUUUUCAAAUAGCAAUUUAUUUAGUUGUCUGGUGUUAACGAAAAGUUUAUUGAUCUAUAAUUCAAAAUGCAAAAUGGAAUGCAAUUGGGAACUGUUGUGGGCCAAAUGGGGUUUAUUUUCCUGCGCCUUUUAUUAAACAAGCUUAAAAUUGUAAUUUCUUUGGGGCUAAGGGGUGCGAACUGCAGGCUAAUUCAUUAUCCUCUCACGCCUUUCACAUUUGGAGAACUGGGUGGGAAUCCAGCUGCUCCAUUUUUUAUUCUCUGCUUAGAAAGGCCCAGGGUGAAAUCUCAGACAGAGGGUGUUCAGGUCCCGUUCGCUUGCAGCCUAGUUAUUUAUGUGCGUAUGCAGUUCACUUAAAGUGUUUGUGUCUAACAGAAUAAUUUAAUAUACCUGAAGUGACAAUUUUAAAAGAAACACAUGCUAUAUCAAACUUGGAUUUAUGAGACGAGACUCGGUACGAGACUCGAUUCCGGUAAGUUUUCAUGUUCCACGCCUUUCUCUGGAAGUCUGUUCCACUUGCCAGCCCAGGAAGUGCGAUGCCAUUUAAAAGCAGGGCUUGCAAACAGACAUUUCGUUAACCAGAUGGUUCUGUUUCUUUCAUAGCUGCACAUUUGAGACCUGCACAGCUAAUGACAGUGCACAACAGGUAGGAUCUAUGGUAUUACUUUAAGUUAUAAAACCCAAGGCUUUAAAAAUGUUAUUGCCCUGUAUUAUAAUUACAGCCUGCUCACAGGUGUGUUAUUGCUUCUUGAGUCAAGUGGCAGUUAACAAAAUAAAUCCAUAAAAAAAUACCUGUUUCAUUCACUAUAAACAGUUCAUAUGUGAUUGAAACACAUGUUCUAGCAAACAUGCAUUUUAAUUAAACCACAUGUACACA